CACCGUGUUGGAAGAACAUACAGGCUUUUAGGCAGGGUGAGGUGGACUAUGGGAGACAGAGAACGCUAUACAUAAACAUACAGACACACAAGUAAAGCCAGAAGUCAUUAGUCGUGGAGAUCUGAAAUGGUAGGAUUGCCUACUACAAUGUAACCAUUCCUAAACAGCGUGGGUCUAUUGUUUCGAAUGAGAUCAGAGGGAAUGGGUGACUCUGAGAGAUGGAAGGGAUGCUGGGUAAGGGGUACCGGAGCAUUAGACUGAUCCCACUGUGGAGCCUCUGUGAACAGGGAGCGUAUCUCUAUUUCUCCCCGCAUCAAACCCUGGAGCUCAGGCCCUGGCCAUGAACUUGGUUCAGCCGGCAUUGAGGCUGUUGUGCCUGGCCUGGCUGUGGCCCGUCGCCCUGCUCAAAGGAAACAGCAAUCCAAACCACCGCAGGAACAAGGACGUCUAUCUAGGGGAAAACACACGGCACAAGUAUGGAGGCCGAAUAGACUUUAAAAUGAAGAAGUCUGACAGUACCAAAUCUUUGCUGAUAAAGUCAGAGCAGCUCUUGCGGAUUGAGGAUCACGACUUCGCCAUGAGGCCUGGUUUUGGAGGCUCGGCUAUUCCAGUUGGUAUUGACGUGCAGGUGGAAAGCAUUGACAGCAUCUCUGAGGUCAAUAUGGACUUUACCAUGACCUUGUACCUUAGACAUUACUGGCAGGACGACAGACUAGCUUUCCCCUCCAGCAACAACAAAAGCAGAACGUUUGACGCUCGGCUGGUGAAAAAGAUCUGGGUGCCAGAUGUCUUCUUCGUUCACUCCAAGCGUUCUUUCAUUCAUGACACCACCAUGGAAAACAUCAUGCUCAGAGUCUUUCCAGAUGGGAACAUUCUUUACAGCGUCAGAAUCACAGUGACGGCUCUCUGCUCUAUGGACUUCAGCAGGUUUCCACUAGACACACAGAACUGCUCUCUUGAGCUGGAGAGUUACGCGUACAAUGAGAACGACCUCAUGCUCUAUUGGAAGAAUGGGAACGAUUCAUUAAGGACUGACGAGAUUGCACUCUCGCAGUUUUUUAUUGAAGAAUUCCACCCUUCCUACGGGCUAGCCUUCUACAGCAGCACCGGCUGGUAUAACAGGCUGUACAUAAACUUCAUUCUCAGGAGGCACAUUUUUUUCUUCAUGCUGCAAACAUACUUUCCAACAAUGCUAAUGGUCAUGCUCUCCUGGGUGUCGUUCUGGAUCGACAGGAGAGCUGUCCCGGCUAGAGUCUCUUUAGGAAUCACAACUGUGUUGACCAUGUCUACUAUAAUUACGGGCGUCUCUGCAUCCAUGCCUCAGGUGUCUUAUGUGAAGGCAGUGGACAUCUACCUCUGGGCCAGUUUCCUUUUUGUUUUCCUCUCGGUCAUAGAAUAUGCUGCUGUGAACUAUUUCACCACUGUGGAAGAGAUGAAAAAACUUCAGAAAGGAAAGGUCACAGUUUCCUACGACGCGACACAGGCUAUGGCAUAUGAUGGCUGUUUUCACGAUGAUAUCGAUGUUUCACCUUUCCCCGAGCUCCCAACCACUCCCAGCACAAUGCAAACAAUUCCACCCAGGGCCUCGUCCACCGAACCGCCGCCCACCGAAGGCACCAGACUCUGGAGGAAACGUUCAGUCCGCCACAACAUCAGAUUCAUAAUGAGCAAUAGCUACAUGAUUGACUCAUAUUCUAGAAUCCUCUUUCCAGUUGCAUAUCUUCUCUUCAACAUCAUCUACUGGUGUAUUUACUCCUGAUUAU